AUAUAUAUAUACCUAACGCAUACAUGCAGUAACACAUAUUGUACUCUAGUUUCUACGGCUCAUGCAACACAAGAACGCGUUUUUUAUUAAACCGAACAGCAAAAAGUUUCAAAGAAGUAUGUGCCAAAGACACUUGAGCUUUCACGUUAUCCUUUUGUCAACACUCUUGUCAUACAACAUCGUAAUUUCCAGCAAUCAAUCACAAAUCACCAUAAAAGCUGUGGAAAACAAGGCAUUUGACAAAUCCUGCCUCAUUAAAACGUUUAACAAGAAAGGUGCAGCAAACAUAGCAGAUUGUUUGAGCCACUGUCUUGAGGACUGCCGAUGUCAGUCGUUUCAAAUUUGCCAAAAUACAGAAUGUCAACUGUGUUCAAGUCACAAGGAAGAAAACAGUUCAUUGCUUCAUGAUCAAGAUGGCUGCAUUUAUGCUGUGUACGAUUUAAGACAUUCUUUGGGAAGUCAUCAGGCUCAGAAUAUAGACGGCCAAUGUUCAAGCAUAGGUUGUUCCAAUGCCAACUGUUGUCAACGACCAGGUCUCUGUCCAGGCAAGAAAAUAUGCAAGCCACAGAACUCCGUCGAACAACCCUGGAAACGAUUCACCUGCGAAUGCCAAGUUGGCUACAGUGGAGACAACUGUGAUGAGACAAUCAGAUCGUGUGCCGGGUAUUUGGAUCGCCCCCGACAAUCAGGCAUGUAUAAAGUGUUUGAUUCUGGCAAUUCAUUGUAUGAAGUAUACUGUCAUUUUGAUUCUGAUGGCCGUGCUUGGACGCUGGUGCAAUCGUUUAGCUUCGCACGGCGAACAAUUACAGGUAGCGUUUUUCAAAAAACAUUAAGUGCAGACCAUCCCGUCAGUGAAAAUCAACUACAAUGGAGCGGUUAUCGACUCAGCAAAGCACGAAUGCACUCGAUUAAUCUAGAUUCAAAUUAUAUCGCGUUCACUUGUAACUACAAGAAGGAAGACGAAGUCAACAGUUUGGAUUAUCUUCAAAUAUCACUCGAUGACCUUGGAAAUGAUAAAGAUAUCACAACAAAUGAUCCAAACCAGGAAGUGUUAACUUUCGAGGGUAGGAUUAAUGAAAAAAGUUUAACCGGGUGUAAAGUAAAGCUUCACCAGGACAGUAAAGGUUUACAUGUACAUCUGGAUCAUCUCGAAAAUUGUCCGUUUUCCCCCGAAAGACCAAAUGUCUGCAGCGGAAAAUUUCAUUAUUUUGGCUACUUUCCUGAAUCAAGUUGUUUGAUGCCAACACAUCAUUGUACGCAAAAUGUUAAUUCUACAACACAACUAUGGUUUGGCCAAUUGAAGUUUUUCACUUAAUCCCAUUGAUAUGUUUAAAUUACGCACACAGAAUAGUGUAAAUAUAACACACAUGCACAGAACAGUGUAUAUAUAUAUAUAACACACACGCACACAAGACAGUGUAUAAUUAUAUAACACACACAGGACAGUGUAGAUAUACAACACACACACAGAGCAGUGUAUAUAUAGCACACACAAGACAGUGUAUAAUUAUAUAGCGCACACACAAGACAGUGUAUGUAUAGCACAUACACAGGACAGUAUAUAUAUAUAUAUAAGUAAUAUAACACACACAGGACAGUGUAUUUAUAUAGACUAGCACACACACUAGGACAGUGUAUAUAUAAAACACACAGGACAGUGAAUAUAAGGACAGUGUAUAUAUAAAACACACAGGACAGUGAAUAUAUAUGG